AUGGAGACUACUUUAGUAUCGAUCGAUGUCGACGGAACCCCUGUUCCUCAUCACCCCUCUGCACGCAAUAGUAUUUGCAUCAAUCUUGUAAACCAAAUCCAGAGAUUAGCCAUCGACGAAUCGUCAGAAACAAAGACUUGUACUGGACGUUACCCAUCUCCGAGUUAUUUCGCUCAAAUCAAUUUGGAUUUCCACGACUACGACUUUAGUCCGUCAUAUCUGUUCUCGCUCAUCGAUUAUCACCUCCUUUCUCCUCAUACAUCUGAUCUUAUCACCCAGAAGAUGGCCUAUUGUGCGAUUCAACACAUAGGAAAACCUUAUCGCAUGUUCGUUGACGUGGUUACUACCGAAAACGUGUUCGUCACGGGAACGUGUUCUCAUCAAAAAGAGGAGGAGGAAGAAGACGAAGAAAAAGAGUCGACCUGUGCCAUAUGCUUAGAGGACAUGUUGAAUGAUGAAAAGAUGAAACUGGUGUUUCCUUGUUCGCAUCGGUUUCAUCUUAGAUGUAUCGCCGAGUGGUUACAGACCAGUAACUCUUGCCCUCUCUGCCGUCAAAUUUUAAUCUAG